GGGGGCAGUGGCACCACACUGAUGGCCCAGAGGAGGCGUCAGACUUGGCGGGAGCUGACACCUUCCCGGGAAGUUUCUGAGCAUAUUUGAGCAGGCCGCGCUGCAUAUCAAUGAGUCGUGAUGAAUAAUGAAGGGGCUUCUUCUGUUUGAGGAGAAGAAGAGGAGAAACAGGAGUGAGACGAGGAAGAAGAGGAGGAGGCGACAGAGGGCUGAGGCGUGAGUGAGGGCAGCCAUGGCCCGUACCCCCUGCCUUUAGAGGAGCUACUCAGUGGAAGAGAAAUCAAAAGAGACAGAUGACCAACAGGAUGAAACUGUGGGGGAGGUCAGCUUGGCCUUUGCAGGUGGCCUUCCUCGUUGCCUUGGUGAUGCUCUGCGUCGACCCCGUGUCCGCCGGCAGCCGUAACCAUCGGGGACCGACAGUCUCAUACCAGGUGAAGCAGGGGACAUGUGAAGUGGUGGACGUCCAUCGCUGCUGCAAUAAGAACAAGAUUGAGGAGCGUUCUCAAACCGUCAAGUGUUCCUGUUUCCCGGGGCAGGUCGCUGGCACCACCAGAGCGCGACCUUCGUGUGUGGAAGCAUCCAUUGUGGCCCAGAAGUGGUGGUGCCAAAUGCAUCCGUGCAUGGAUGGGGAGGAGUGCAAGGUGCUGCCGGACCUGACCGGCUGGUCCUGCAGCACCGGCAACAAAGUCAAAACCACCAAGGUCACACGAUAACGAGAGAGCCACCGAGCCAUGAGGAAACCUGUAACCCUCCGUGUGGAAGCGAUGGAUGACUCGACCAUAUUUACUGUACGAUGGGGAAAAAUACCGAGGAGAGCGCCGCUGUCAGGCUAUCCGUCACAAAACAAUGGGAUAAAACGUACUCAUCACCAACCGUGUGCACUUGGCUACACGGACUCGCACAUGCCGCAUAUACAAUGUGCCGGUUAAGGCCGACGGACCACAAUCAUGGACACGCAGGGCACGUCUGGACACAAACGGACUCCUUAUUUUCCAAAAAAUGGACGACGAGUGGACUGAUUGGAAGAUGGUCGAUUUUAGACACAGAAUAAGCAUUUUAAAGUAUAUAUUUCAACAAAGCAUUUGUGGAUGAGUGUGAGAUGGGAACUGAAAAAAGCUGCGUUCAGAGUGCUGCUGGAUGCAGGCCAGACCCGUUGUCAUGUAUGCGGAGCUUAUACUGGAGACCGCAGAGAUGAUUUGGGGCAAACAAAAGCGUUAACAGCUCAUAACUAGCAAAUUAGCAAAUUAGCAUCGAAUUGCUCUUGUGGGUCAAGUCGCCGCCACAAAGGGACCGUUUUGCAGCGUUCUGCAGUUCCAAUUAGGAAAACUGCGGCGUAGGAUCAUAACAACAUAUUAAAAAUUCAUGUAAGAUAUUUGCACUAGUUGAAAACCGUUUGGGAAUGUUUUUGCUUUUCUAGAUAUCGCCCAUCUCUUUUGCUGUGGAUGUCACAUGAAGUUGAAGGUGAGCAUUUUGUAAAAUGUCUGACACUUGAAGUAGAUAAAUAUAUAUAUAUAUAUAUAUAUAAACAUAUAAAUAUCACGCCCCAUUAUUCCUGAGUAGUUAUUGGUUAAAAAUGGCUCCGACUCUUGAGCCUCGCUCGCCAUGCGGCUUGGUGCAAUAUGAACUAGAAAAGUGUGAUUCAUCUGUCUCAUUCUCAAUUUUUUGCCCGGGAACAUUUUUUUGAGCUCGGCCUUCAAACUUAUAUAUCUUUCAACUAUUAUAUUCGGUCUGUGACAUCUCUUAUGUUAACUGUUGAAAGGAGGCCCAUAAAAUUCUCAAACAAG